UGCACUUUACACCAGGCUUGUUGCUGAGCGCCCGCCUACGUUCGGACAGCCUUUGUAGUGCGAGUCAAUAUUCCCGGAAGUGUGCUGUGCGUUUGAUUUGAGCUGCUCCCUCCUCACCAUUCAGUGGCGCGUACUCCAGUGUAGCAGCAGCAUAACGUAGACUAUGGCAGAGCAGGAUCCCACCCCGGAGCAGCUGGCGGCCAUCGCAGCGGCCAACGAGGAAGCGGAGGGCGGGGUUAACUACAAGCCCCCCGCUCAGAAGAGUCUGCAGGAGAUCCAGGAGCUGGACAAGGAUGACGAGAGCCUGCGCAAGUACAAGGAGGCCCUGCUGGGGAACGCCGCCGCGGCUGCAGUAGACCCCAAUGCUCCCAAUGUCCAGGUGACACGCUUGACCCUGAUGUGUGAGACGGCGCCGCUGCCCCUGACCCUUGACCUACAGGGAGACCUGGAGUCCUUCAAGAAACAGUCCUUUGUCCUGAAGGAAGGCGUGGAGUACAAGAUAAAGAUCAGCUUCAAGGUCAACAAGGAGAUUGUGUCGGGACUGAAGUAUGCCCAGCAGACCUACAGGAAAGGAGUCAAGGUUGACAAGUCAGACUACAUGGUGGGGAGCUACGGGCCGCGGCCGGCAGAGUAUGAGUUCCUGACUCCUCUGGAGGAGGCUCCUAAAGGCAUGCUGGCCCGCGGCACCUACAACAUCAAGUCCAAGUUCACUGAUGACGAUAAGCACGACCACCUCUCCUGGGAGUGGAACCUUAACAUCAAGAAAGAGUGGAAAGACUGAGUCCCCGUCAACUUAAUUUCCCCCCAUCUUCUUAUUCCCAUUCCAUUAUUUUGCAUUCAUAAUUAUGUGAUAAGUAAUUAAGGCAAAUUGCUCUCUCGUCCACCCCCAAUCCCUGCAGUAGUUUCAUUCCAAUCACGUUGUCAUGCCAUUCACCCCCCCACACACACACACACACUCCUUGUGAUGCUGAGUAUUGAAUAUGUGGAGAAAGCAAAUCAUGUGCACAAUCAUGAAUUUGUUUUGGUUAGUUUGUAUAGAACCCUUUUUUUAAUGAAGAAAAUGAAAAAUUGAUUUGUUAAUGCUCUUGAUAUGGAUGUCAAUCAACUGUGUGAAUUCCAUCCUUUCCCCUUCAUGCUGAUUGUUUUGUACAACCAUGAUCUGCCUUGUAAAGUUGUUGCUGUGUGUUAAAGGCUGUGGUCCACACUCUGUACUCUUUGUUGGGGACGUUGCCCUCUGUCAGUGGAAAGCCUUUGAGUAGAUUAUAUGUACCAGAGUCCACACAAUUAGUUUAUUCUGGAACUAGUGUGAAUUCCUAAGCGUUAAGAGGUGGCAUGAACAGCACUUACCGGCAGUCCACCAGAGGAACUGUGACCACCUGCUGAAGGUGCAAGUGUGCCUCUUCCUGUUCAGGGUUUUCACCUCCCUACCUAGUUCAUUCAGCAGCCAUGUGGCCUUAAAGAGGAUUCCUGUAGAACUAACGAUGAAGGAAAUGAUCACAAAGAGCCAUUUGCCUUCAGAACAGAACUGUCAGAUUGUUACGAGAGCCUCCUAUAGGGUUUGAGUAAAAGAGUUUUAGGCUGAGUGCAGGUGCGAACAGACAACCAUUGAGAUUCUUGUACCUUCUUUCCAGAUUAGCCAGUAGAAGUAGACCAUGAAAGAGAACAGCAGACAUCUCUGCUCCCUUCCCUCCUCACCGCAUCAGGUGGUCUCAAUGUGGACCACCUUUAGUGCUGUUUGCUGAUGUGAAUGUGUUUACGUUGAUAUAAAGAACCUGGUUUUGUUGACAACUAAGAAAUGAGCUCCUUGUCAAAUGCCCUCGAAGCAGACCUUGAGGCCUUCUUCCAGUCACUAACUCCAUUACAGUAGCGUCUCAUAUGGGGCCUUGCUGGUGGCCCUUGUGAGCAGAGAGGAAUGUCACACAAUAAGGGUUGUUAAUCCACUCACCUCGAGUAUGAAUCAACUCCAGGAUUACCAAAACUGGCUGUGCGUCCUAGCCUUUACAACCACCAGCUGCUCUCUGUUAAGGUCAGACAUUCAGAAUGGGAACUCAACAUCAAAUAGUUUUGAACUUUGGGCCUGAUGUUUUAGUUCAGGUAUAAGUUGUGCACAGACCCAGAGUUAAGUAGAACGAGAACAGCCAAGACCUCUUAAUACAAAACCGUGUUAUAUUUUUCUACACUCCAUUAAUCAAUGUCAUAACUUGUGAUGUAGGGCUCGGGCUUUGUUUGGUUUCAAUGGUUCAGUAUGCGUCACUGGAUCAUUGUUUCAGUAUGGUUUUGAUUCUGUGUACCACCUGGAGAACACUGUUCACCUGUCACAUUAAAAAGUCUUCAGACUGGA